CGAAAAUCAACGUCGUCAAUCGGUCGGGAGACAAUCUUCGUUCCCGGGAGGCGCCAGAAGCAGGACUAGGACUAGGCUAAUUUACUUUACAGCGGGGACAGGUGGUGUUAGGCCUAGUACAGAAAACGAAUAUAUAUUCAACUAAAGGGUGAGCUAAAAUGUGAUGCCGCAAUUCAUACAAGGCUUGUGGAGGUUGGGUACUGAGGCAGAGUUGGGGGGGGGGGAUGAAAUCUAUCAGCUAAGUCACCUAGAGUGUGAAAGUUUGUGAAGCUUAACAUUUGGAGUAAUAGUGUGCUGUGUAGUCCAUUGCUGUGAAAAGUAGUAGAACAUUCAAGAAAGAUGAAGGAUUCAGACUUCUUGUCGAUGUUGGUGCAACUCUCUGAGGCAAUCAGCAAGAAAGGUGAAAAGUAUGUAGACCUGUUGAGGGUUCUGUACAGAGAUCUUGCAAAUGUUAAAUCAGAUUUGGCGAAGGCUAAUUGUGCAUUUGAUUUAUUUCAAUUGCUAAAUGCAACUGGCAUUUUGAAGCCAACAGACAUUUCAGUUUUGUUUGAAACAAUUGAACUAACCGGAUUGAAAUUUUUGGAAGAGAUAAUCAAGAGAUAUGAGACAUAUCCUGAUGAAGUGAAGAUCACUCGAUUUACACCACAUCGUCAACAGGUUGUUGCUCUGGGAAAAGACUUUUCAGUUAAAGAUCUCCAGAAGGUUUGUCAGUUGUACGAAGGCAAUUUUUCUAGUCCAUGGAAACUGAUUCAACAUCUUGAAGAUACGUCUGUUUUAACCGAAAAUAGUAUGUCUUCAUUUCUUCAACGUUUGAAUGAGAAUAAAGUAAAGGAAUGUACAGAUUUUAAUCAACUACUUGUCAGAAUAUCCGAUGCAAUCAGCGAGGAAGGUGAAAAGUAUGUAGACAUGUUGAGGGUUCUGUACAGAGAUCUUGCAGAGUUCAAAGUAGACUUGGAGGAAGCUAAAUCUGCAUUUGAUUUAUUCCAAAUACUAAGAGUUGCUAACGUUUUGAAAGCAACAGACAUUUCAGUUUUAUUUGAAACGAUUGAAGUAACUGGAUUAAGGUAUUUGGAGGAGAUAGUUAGGGUGUACAACACAUAUCCAGCUGAAGUGAAGAUUACUCGAUUUUCAGCACAUCGUCAACAUCUUGUUGCUCUUGGAAAAGACCUUUCUAGGAGAGCUGUUCAAAAUAUUGGUCGGGUGUACAAAGUUCCAGAUGAUUUCUGUUCUAAUCCAUGGAAACUAAUCACAUUUCUUGAAAGUGAGGGUAUUGUUUCAGAAGAUAAACUGUCAUCGUUUCUCACGAAUUUGAAAGGAGUUG